UGGCAGGGUCAAGAGAUUUGCGGCGGAAUCGCUCGCCAUUGUUUUUUUGACAGUAGCUUGGUUAUUCCCUUUGUUCAUCAUCAUGGUGAGCCUGCCGGGUUUUCGGCUGUCCCGAGGGGUUUGGUUUGCCUUGUUCGUUCUGCUCGCCCUUGCUCUCCUCUACCGGUUCCAUCCUGCGCUGCCCGGCCUGCGCAGCGACGCGGCGGAUGACGCCAUCAAACAUGCACAGCCAGCACCUUCUGGCGAGCCGUCGCCCCCUGCACCACCAACAUCGGCUGCGCGGGUAGACCACGCCCAUCUCCAAAACCUCGUCCAGUAUUUCACCGACUACCCCCUGCAGCCGCCCUACAAAGAUGUCUUUGGCGAGCUUGGCAGGCGGACCAGGAUCGUGGCGGAUUGGCUCGUCUUAGCCGGCAAUGCGACGCUGCACCCAGCCGACAAGGCCGCGCUAGAGGACGCCGCCGAGCAGGCCCUCACGAGCAUGUAUCCGUUCCUGCAGAACCCGCCCAAGAACCCCAGCUCGCGCACGCCGUUUGCCGACCUGCGCGCGUCGUUCAGGCCGGGAUCCGCCGGCAUCGUCAUCCCGACGGGCGACAAGACGCUGCGCUUCGCCGCGCACCUCAUCGGCUCGCUGCGUUCCGUGCUGGGCUCGUCCCUGCCGAUCCAGAUCGCCUACGCCGGCGACGGCGACCUCGCGCCGGCCAGCCGCGCCCGCCUGGCCAAGCUCGCAGCGCUGGAGUUCCUCGACCUGACGACCGUCUUCGACGGCGCCACGCUCCGCUUCGACACCCCGUCCGGCGGGUGGGCCAGCAAGGCGUUCGCGGCGCUGGCGUCGCCGUACGAGACGGUGAUCCUGGCGGACGCGGACGCGGUGUUCCUGCAGCCGCCGGAGGCGCUGCUGCGGCAGCCGGCGUUCGCACGCACGGGCGCGUACCUGUUCCACGACCGGCUGCUGUGGCAGCACGCGUUCGCGGAGCGGCACGCGUGGUGGCGGGCGCAGAUCCGGCGGCCGAGCGCGGCGCUGGGCCGCUCGCUCGUGUGGACGCGCGACUACGCCGAGGAGGCCGACUCGGGCGUAGUCGUCGUCGACAAGGCGCGCGCCGGCGCGCUGCCCGCCCUGCUGCACGUCUGCUGGCAGAACUCGUUCGCCGUGCGCGAGGAGGCCACCUACCAGCUGACGUACGGCGACAAGGAGAGCUGGUGGUUCGGCUUCGAGCUGGCGGGCGCGGCGUACGAGUUUGAGAAGCACUACGGCGCGAUUGUCGGGUGGGAGGAGCGCGACGAGCAGGGCAGGGCGAAAGUCUGCAGCUUUGUCAUUGCGCAUGUGGACGACGCCGACAAGCUGCUGUGGUACAACGGGGGCCUGCUGAAGAACAAGGUCGUGAGCGACGAGGACUACGAGGUGCCGCUGAAGUGGAUGAUCGAUGCCGAGUGGCAGAAGGGCGCGUCCAAGAAGGAUAUGAGCUGCAUGGUCGGCGGGGAAGCACGAAACCUGACCGGAGAGGAGGUCGACAUCUUGAGGCGCUCGAUCGAGCUUGCGAAGCAACUCGACGGCGAGUUUAGAGCAUAGAAUUAAGCUACUGAGAGAGUUGAUUAUAAUUCAAAAAGUCAUUGAAGAAGGGGGGUUAUCUCGAGACAAGGUUCCGAGUGUUUUUAUUGGGCAACUCCCGAGGCUACACAAAGUGUCCCGACGAAGGCGGCCAGUGGACUCGCUCACUGGCUGCCGAAACAAGGCCCUGCAGUUCGCAAUCCACCCAACCACCACGCUGCAGCAUCGACGCUUGUGC